AGCACAAUGUCCUACGCCUUCAUUCUUAACUAGCGUACAUACAUAACGGUUGCAGCUCUUGAGUCUUGCAACCUAUCUCGUGCAGAUGACGCGCAAAGAGGAGCAGAUGGAGAUGGCUCUGGCCACCACCAUUUAUUGCCUUGUCUCUUCAGGGAUGAUGUUGUCCAACAAGCUCGCCAUUCGUGACUUUCCCUUGGAGUGUUCGUUGGUUUGGGUUCAGCUCUUUUUCACAGCAGUGUUCCUAGUCGCCUUCGCGUUACCCUAUGUCCAUAUUGGCUCAUAUCGGGACUUCUUCCGCUGGUCCUUGGUAGCACCAAUGUACACAGGCAUGUUGCUGACCUCGAUCUUGGCCUUAAAGAAUGCCCCCAUGUCACUGGUCAUCGUACUUCGGAAUGCAUCCCCUCUCGGGACCUUAAUCUUCGAACGUUUCUAUCCAGAUCCUUUGAGAGUGAGUUGGAUGAUGCUGCUCUCCAUGAUGUGUAUGCUGGCCGGUGCCAUGAUUUACAUGUCAGAUCGCCCUGAGCCCUUCAAUUGGCGAGGGGUGUGGUGGGUGGUGUUGAAUAGUGCGCUUGCAGUGGUGGAUCGUUUACUACAACGCUUGUUGCUUUCCAAAGAUCAAUACCCAGUGGAUAUCUCCAACUCUGGCAUCACUCUUAUCAACAAUGUCAUUGGUAUGGUUCCUGUGGGAUUUGUCGUCAUCAUGAAUGGUGAACUCAAUGCCUUACCAGCAGCUGUUGCACACUUGGACGGUUGGGGCAAAAUGAACAUCUUCAUCACUUGCGUUUUGGGCUUGGCCAUUAGCUACACAUCUAUUUGGGCCCAGAGCCUCAUUACGGCCACGAGCUUCUUGGUGAUGACGAACGCCAACAAGUUUCUCAUCAUCAUUUUCGAAGCUUGGGGUGGGAUGUUUGGCAUGAGCAAUGUGCAGGUUCUCGGCGCUAGCAUGACGAUCGUUGGGUGCAUCGUUUAUGGCAAAGCCCGCAAGGACAUUGAGAUGGAAGGCGAACGAUCACAGUUGCUUCCCACAAAGUGUGGCUGAACCAUGCUGAACCAAAGCAUAAGUGGAUAAUCGCAGAGUCACGAUUGAACAGGGGACUGCCGAAAAAGGAUCACUUUGGUUUUGCACUGUGCACGCAUGUUAGAUUUUUGCAAGAUGCUCGUUGCCAAUGGAAACCACUCUGUCACUGUGUUUCUCCCAAGCUUUUCAGUUGGAGGCCAUUAGGAACAAG